GCUCCUGUUUCUUUGUAGCACCAGGAUAUGGACAACUUUGGGGAGUGAGCACUAAUCCGUGCACUGAGGCUCUACUCUUGCUACAUACAGCGAAGUAACAUGAGCAGCUGGGCUGGGAGCGCAUGCUGGUGCCUAAAAACCUCCUUCCACCUGCUGCACCACAGCCAAAUCCCAGGGAUGGCAGCAUGUGGCAAUUACGACAUAGGGAAAGGUUGCACAAAGAACUUUGACCCCAUCUGUGGCACAGAUGAUGUCCUGUAUGGCAACGAGUGCUUGCUGUGCGUUCAGAACAUGCAAAGGCACACUAACGUGCGCAUAAAGAACAGGGGAAAGUGCCAAGAGCCCUCUCCACGCUCCAGAACUGCUUGAAAUUAAAGGCACAGCUGUGAUAGAGAAGAUGGCAUGAAGGUAUUCAUCACCUCUACAAACUCCAAAUAAACUGGAAGCAUGA